AUGAGGACUGCAGUUCUGCUGUUUGUUGUGGGGCUGUGUGUGCUGAACGUCACACUUUCCUUGAAAAUCUGCGCUUUCAAUGUUCAGAGCUUCGGCGAAUCAAAGGCAAACAAUAAGAAGGUUAUGGGGAUUCUACAAAAGAUUCUUUCCCGGUGUGACUUGUGUCUCAUUCAGGAGGUACGAGACUCUAAAGGAGAAGCAAUCCGAGCCUUGGUUAAAGAUCUUAACAGGUUUGACAAAUCAAACUCAUAUUCUUAUGUGGAAAGCGAGAGGCUGGGGAGGAAGACCUACAAGGAGCAGUAUGUCUACAUUUACAGGAACAAUGUGCUAAAGAUCAAAGAGCAGUAUCAGUAUCCUAAACUAGAGGCAGAGGGGACCAAUGAAACGGAUGUCUUCUCCAGAGAGCCUUUCAUCGUUCGCUUUCACUCCCCCACAACAUUGGUGAAGGAUUUCAUCCUGAUUGGCCAGCACACAUGUCCCAAAACUGCCAUGAAGGAGAUGGAUGAACUUUAUACUGUCUUCAGAGAAAUUUACAAGAAGUGGAAGACUGAUAACGUGAUGAUCCUGGGGGACCUCAACGCCGGCUGCAACUAUGUCACCAUCAAGGGCUGGAGAGCUGUGCGCUUGAGAAGUGACCCUAAAUUUCGCUGGUUAAUUGGAGAUGAGCAAGACACUACUGUCCGUGAAAAGACACACUGUGCAUAUGACAGGAUCAUUGUCCAUGGACGGGAGAUUAUUUCCAGUAUAGUGCCAGGUUCAGCUCAACCGUUCAACUUUAAAGAGAGUUUCCAUCUCACGGAGGAGGAGGCUCUAGAAGUGAGCGAUCAUUUUCCUGUAGAAGUCGACCUGAAGCCCAACCACCGCUACCUCCUCCGCCAUGAACUGUAG